GCAAAUUUGCUGCAAGAUUUUUACUAAAAGAUUUUUUAAUUAGAAAAAUAUUUCGAUAUUACUUUUAUUAAAAUGCGAGGACAUUAGAGGACCCCACAAAACCAAAACCUCUAUCAUUAUUAUUUAUUACAAGCUGUGCCCCGCGGUGUUAUCCACGGUUUAUUAAGGAUAUUUUCCCGUUUACUUUAGUUUAGAAGUGAAUAAGUAACAAACAUACACAAUCACACACUCACAAACUUUCGCCUUUAUAAUAUUAGUGUGAUUACCUAUCAGGCGUAAUAUUUUUUACCAAUAAAGUUAGUAUGUUAAAACCCAAACUUAAAACUAACCAAGAUUAAAACUAUUUGACAUAGGUAGACUACUCCAAAAUUAUACUCCAACAUUAGGACAGUGCGUUAAAAAUUUCAAAAACCGGUCGCGAAUUUUAACUUAGAUACCCUACUAUUCACGUAGCAUAUGGUAAGUGGUUUAAAAGCCGAUUGCUUUACGGCAUUGUAACAUUCAUUAUCACGAGCCGUGGGCAUCAGCACGGAUACAGCAACCAAUAAAAUUACGGGCUUUCUUCCACUAUAAAUUAAAUUAAUAAUACAUUAUUUGUCCAGAUGUUUAUAUAAAUAAUUAAAUUUAAUGUAUGUAAUUAACAUUUUCUUUUCCUUAUCUUUCCAUAGAUAAGCUUAGACACAAGAUGUCUUCUUUGUACAUGAUCUUGAGUUUAUUUUUUAUUGUUAACUGCCUGGCCACUGCGAAUGGUGUAACAGUUUCGGCGGAAAGUAAUGCCGCUGUUUCAACAUCGACAGAUGAUGAUGGUGUAGCAGUUUCGGCGGAAAGUCAUUCCGCGGCUUCAGCAUCGACAGAUAAUGAUGGUGUAGCAGUUUCGGCGGAAAGUCAUUCCGCUGCUUCAGCAUCGACAUAUAAUGAAGACGGACAAUCCUUAGAAAACUGUGGUUCUUUGGAACCACAAACUUGUACAGACCCUAAUGAGGAGUUUGUCCAGGAAAAAUCAUCAUGUCCGCCGGACACAUGCAACGCUUUAGUAGCAAGAAUCGACUGUAGAAAUGCCCCACCGCCUCAACCCGGCUGCGUCUGCAAAUCUGGCUAUCGGAGGCUAGACAAAACGAUGGUUUGCGUACCAUUAUGUGAAUGUCCAGAAAUGGCGUAUGCGCCAGCUUGUGAAAAAAAAACCUGUAAGGACCCAAACGAAGAAUUUGUGCAGGAGAAACCUUGUUGUCCUCCGGAUACGUGUGAAUCUUUAGUAGCAAAAUACGACUGUUCAAAAUCAGCCCCUCCUCAACCUGGCUGUGUAUGCAAAUCAGGAUAUAAGCGCCUCAAUGAAACAUCGAAAUGUGUACCUCUAUGUGAAUGUCCACAGAUGGCUUCUUCGCCAGAUUGUCAACCGCAGACUUGUAAAGAUCCAAACGAAGAAUUUGUGCAGGAGAAACCUUGUUGUCCUCCGGAUACGUGUGAAUCUUUAGUAGCAAAAUACGACUGUUCAAAAUCACCCCCUCCUCAACCUGGCUGUGUAUGCAAAUCAGGAUAUAAGCGCCUCAAUGAAACAUCGAAAUGUGUACCUCUAUGUGAAUGUCCACAGAUGGCUUCUUCGCCAGAUUGUCAACCGCAGACUUGUAAAGAUCCAAACGAAGAAUUUGUGCAGGAGAAACCUUGUUGUCCUCCGGAUACGUGUGAAUCUUUAGUAGCAAAAUACGACUGUUCAAAAUCACCCCCUCCUCAACCUGGCUGUGUAUGCAAAUCAGGAUAUAAGCGCCUCAAUGAAACAUCGAAAUGCGUACCUAUAUGUCAAUGUCCACAAUUGGCUUCUUCACCAGAUUGUCAACCGCAGACCUGUAAAGAUCCAAACGAAGAAUUUGUGCAGGAGAAACCUUGUUGUCCUCCGGAUACGUGUGAAUCUUUAGUAGCAAAAUACGACUGUUCAAAAUCACCCCCUCCUCAACCUGGCUGUGUAUGCAAAUCAGGAUAUAAGCGCCUCAAUGAAACAUCUAAAUGUGUACCUCUAUGUGAAUGUCCACAGCUGGCUUCUUCGCCAGAUUGUCAACCGCAGACCUGUAAAGAUCCCAACGAAGAAUAUGUGAAGGAGAAACCAAGCUGUCCUCCGGAUACGUGCAACGCUUUAGUAGCAAGAUACAACUGUACUAAUGCGCCACCUCCUCAGCCCGGCUGCGUGUGCAAGUCUGGUUAUCGUCGUCUUAAUGAAAUAUCGGGCUGUGUACCCAUUUGUGAAUGUCCAGAAAUGGCUUCAUCACCAGAUUGCCCAAAACAAACUUGUGAAGAUCCAAAUGAAGAGUUUGUCCAAAAGAAAAAAACAUGUCCGCCAGAUACGUGUAUUUCUAUAGUGGCUAGAUACGACUGUUCAAAAUCACCCCCUCCUCAACCUGGCUGUGUAUGCAAAUCAGGAUAUAAGCGCCUCAACGAAACAUCGAAAUGCGUACCUAUUUGUCAAUGUCCACAAUUGGCUUCUUCGCCAGAUUGUCAACCGCAGACCUGUAAAGAUCCAAAUGAAGAAUUCGUGCAAGAGAAACCAAGUUGUCCUCCGGACACAUGCAAGGCUUUAGUAGCAAGAUACGACUGUACAAAAGCGCCACCUCCUCAGCCCGGCUGUGUGUGCAAGUCUGGUUAUCGUCGUCUAAAUGAAACAUCGGGUUGUGUACCCACUUGUAAAUGUCCACAAAUGGCCUCCUCUGCACAGUGUCAACAAAAACCAAAGCCUGUGUUACGCUGCGGUGCAAACGAAAUCAGACGCUGUGUCAAAAAAUGCCCGCCAGAAAAAACAUGCAGGAACCGUAAUAUUAAAGUUGCCUGCCCUCUUAGCCUACAGCCCUGCAAAGAGAAGUGCGUUUGCGCCCCAGGAUAUUAUAGGAACUAUCUUGGAACAUGUAUCACUGAAAAGCAGUGUGAUAUGUGUAACAAAAAGAAUGAAUUUUAUGAUUGCGGUAGUGCAUGCGACAACGAAUGCAUCAAUAUCGAUAAACAGAACCGCACAAACUGUCCGAUAAUCAACAUUGUGUGUAAUAAAAAGUGCUACUGUGACGAUGGCUAUGCGAGAGACGAAUCCGGCAAUUGUAUCCCGGUUAGUCAGUGUAAGCCUGUGUUACGCUGCGGUGCAAACGAAAUCAGAAGCUGUGUCAAAAAAUGCCCGCCAGAAAAAACAUGCAGGAACCGUCAUAUUAAAGUUGCCUGCCUUCAUAGCCUACAGCCCUGCAAAAAGAAGUGCGUUUGCGCCCCAGGAUAUUACAGGAACUAUCUUGGAACAUGUAUCACUGAAAAGCAGUGUGAUAUGUGUAACAAGAAGAAUGAAUUUUACGAUUGCGGUAGUGCAUGCGACAACGAAUGCAUCAAUAUCGAUAAACAGAACCGCACUAACUGUCCGAUAGUCAACAAAGUGUGUAAUAAAAAGUGCUACUGUGACGAUGGCUAUGCGAGAGACGAAUCCGGCAAUUGUAUCCCGGUUAGCCAGUGUAAAUGUCAACCGCAAACCUGUGAAGAUCCAAAUGAAGAAUUCGUGCAGCAGAAACCAAGUUGCCCUCCGGAUACAUGCAACGCUUUAGUAGCAAGAUACAACUGUACAAAUGCGCCACCUCCUCAACCUGGCUGUGUAUGCAAAUCAGGAUAUAAGCGCCUCAAUGAAACAUCGAAAUGCGUACCUAUAUGUCAAUGUCCACAAUUGGCUUCUUCACCAGAUUGUCAACCGCAGACCUGUAAAGAUCCAAACGAAGAAUUUGUGCAAGAGAAGCCAAAUUGUCCUCCGGACACAUGCAACGCUUUAGUAGCAAGAUACAAUUGUACAAAUGCGCCACCUCCUCAGCCCGGUUGCGUGUGCAAGUCUGGUUAUCGUCGACUAGAUGAAACAUCGUGUUGUGUACCUAUUUGUGAAUGUCCAGAAAUGGCCUCCUCUGCACAAUGUCAACAAAAACCAAGUACGUAAAAUUAAACUUGUUUCUACUAUGUACUCACGCAACUACUAUUCUAGGCUUGUAUAAAAUAAUACCAAAAAUAAUCACUAAUGAUGAUUAAUCAAAAAUUUUAAAAGCAUUGCUGAAUAUUUAUAAUAUCUCUUGUUCUACUAAUCCCUAUGUUAUACCUUUUCUUAUUUUUGAAAAUAAACUGACUUAUUAAGAACAUUAUUGUAAUAGUAGCAAUACCGUAAUAGUAGGUCAAAUAAAUAUAUAAAAACAAUUAAAAGUAAAAAAACUUUUGAAAUCAAGCUUUUAUUUAAAUGCGCUAAAAAGACAAAAAGAAAAAUUUCCUUUAACUUCCUUUGACUAUGAAUUUAUAACGUCAUUACAUAAAAUAAAAGCUUUAAAUCGCGAGAUUUACCUGUGUAAAUAAACAAAAUUUAUUUGAA